CGGCUGGGGGGGAAGGGCCUGCACUAGCUGGAUCUGAGAGCAGACAAACUUGCGUAGUCUUGCCACGGUCCUCGCUGUUUGCCUACCUCUCUCUAUGGACGGCCGGAGGAUAGAAGAGGAAACGGGGAUUGUUGUCGUCGGGACCGCAGCGCUUUUCCAGGGCCCAGCCAUGAUUUAAUCACGGAAAACCGGGGUGUGGGGGGAAAAGGAGAAGGAGAAAACCGACGGGAGCGCCAGAGGAGAGGAGCAGAGACAGGAGCAGCCUCAGCCGUUGGAGAUGUGCGGUCGGGCCGAGAUUGCGGCGGUAUCCCUGUCUAAGCCUGGACUGAGCAGAUUGUUCUGAGAGGAAACGGACAACAAACAGGGGAAGUGAACAUGGCUGGGACCUCGGGCUUCUUUUCCAAUGGACCUGUUCCGUGGAUGGACAACGACACGGAGAUGAAUAACCUGUACCGAGACCUGGAGCUGGGGACAGUACUGACACUGUUUUAUUCCAAGAAGGCCCAGCGGCCAGAGAGACGGACAUUUCAAGUCAAGCUGGAGACCAGGACUAUUAUCUGGACUCGUGGCACGGACAAAAUAGAGGGAGAGAUUGACAUUCGAGAGAUCAAGGAGAUCCGUCCUGGACAGAAGUCACGGGACUUUGAGCGUCAUGUGGAGGACUCGGCAACGAGGCUGGACCAUGCUUACUGCUUCGUCAUCCUGUAUGGCACCGAGUUUCGCCUUAAAUCACUCAGUCUGGCAGCAACAUCGGACGAGGAGAUGACCAUGUGGGUGAAGGGGUUAAACUGGCUUGUGGCCGACACACUGAAGUCUCCGACACCGCUCCAGAUAGAGAGAUGGUUACGUAAGCAGUUCUACGCCGUUGAUCGCAACAGAGAAGACAGGAUAUCCUGUAAAGAUCUGAAGAGCAUGCUGAGCCAGGUCAACUACAGGGUGCCCAACAUGAGGUUCCUCCGAGAGAAACUUCCGGACUCAGAGCUGAGGAAUGGAGACGUGUCCUUCAGCCAGUUUGCGCAGCUCUAUCGCAGCCUCAUGUUUGAUGCCCAGAAAAACAUGGAGAUCCCAUUUUUACAGAGGUUCAUUGACAGACCAGAACAGAGGAUCUCCCUUGACGAAUUCAAGGGCUUCCUCCUUGAGUCUCAAAAGGAAAUGUGGGCCACAGACAACAAAGUUCAGGAGUUCAUGUUCAGCUACCUGAAAGACCCCCUGAGAGAAGUGGAGCAGCCUUAUUUCCACCAAGACGAGUACCUUACAUACCUGUUCUCCAAAGAGAACACCAUCUGGGAUUCCUCCCUGGACCAGGUGUGUCCUGACAACAUGAACAACCCCCUGUCCCACUACUGGAUCUCCUCUUCGCACAACACCUACCUGACGGGAGACCAGUUUUCCAGUGAGUCGUCCCUGGAGGCGUACGCUCGCUGUCUGAGGAUGGGCUGCCGCUGUAUUGAACUGGACUGCUGGGAUGGUCCAGAUGGAAUGCCAGUCAUCUACCACGGACACACCCUCACGACAAAAAUCAAGUUUUGCGAUGUCUUGACCACCAUCAAAGAGCAUGCCUUUGUCACAUCCGACUAUCCCAUCAUCUUGUCCAUCGAGGACCACUGUAGUAUUGUGCAGCAGAGGAACAUGGCCACUUACUUUAAGAAGGUGUUUGGAGACAUGCUGCUGACCAAGGCGGUGGAUAUCGCUGCAGAUGGCCUGCCCUCACCCAACCAGCUCAAGAGGAAGAUCCUCAUCAAGCAUAAGAAGCUUGCAGAAGGCAGUGCCUAUGAGGAGGUGUCCACCUCCACUCCCUACUCAGAGAAUGAUAUCAGCAACUCCAUCAAAAAUGGCAUCCUGUACCUGGAAGACCCCAUUAAUCAUGAGUGGUACCCUCAUUUCUUUGUCCUGACCAGCAGUAAGAUCUACUACUCAGAGGAGACCUCCAGUAACCAGGGCAACGAUGAUGAGGAGGAGCACAGAGAGGUGUCCAACGGUAUGGACCAGCACGUGACGGAGAAAUGGUUCCACGGGAAGCUGGGCGCAGGGCGGGACGGUCGGCAGAUAGCUGAAAGGUUACUGUCGGAGUACUGCCUGGAGACUGGAGCUCCAGAUGGCUCCUUCCUGGUCCGAGAGAGCGAGACUUUUGUGGGAGACUACACGCUGUCUUUCUGGCGUUCAGGGCGGGUGCAGCACUGUCGUAUCCACUCGCGUCAGGAGGCAGGCAGCCCCAAGUUCUACCUGACUGACAACCUGGUGUUCGACACGCUCUUUGCCCUGAUCAACCACUACCAGCAGGUGGCGCUGCGCUGCAACGAGUUUGAGAUGAAGCUGACUGAGCCGGUGCCGCAGACCAAUGCUCACGAGAGCAAAGAAUGGUACCAUGCCAACCUGUCCAGGAGCCAAGCAGAAAACAUGCUGAUGAGGGUACCUCGUGACGGGGCUUUCCUUGUGAGGAAGAGGGCGGAACCCAACUCGUUUGCCAUUUCCUUCAGGGCCGAGGGAAAGAUAAAGCACUGUCGUGUGCAGCAGGAGGGUCAGAUCGUGGUGCUGGGCACCUCAGAGUUUGACAGCCUGGUAGAUCUCAUCAGCUAUUAUGAGAAGCACCCUCUGUACCGCAAAAUGAAACUGCGGUAUCCCAUCAAUGAGGACACACUGGAGAAGAUAGGCACUGAUGAGCCAGACUACGGAUCGCUGUACGAGGGAAGGAAUCCGGGCUUUUACGUGGAGGCCAACCAAAUGCCAACAUUUAAGUGCACGGUGAAAGCCAUGUACGAGUAUAAAGCCCAGAGAGACGACGAGCUCUCCUUCGUUAAGAAUGCCAUUAUCACUAACGUGGACAAACAGGAAGGAGGAUGGUGGAAGGGUGACUGUGGAGGGAAGAAGCAGCUGUGGUUUCCUGCUAACUACGUAGAGGAGGUCAGUCCGUCAGCGGUGGAGCCUGAUAGAACUGAGAUGACAGAAAACAGCCCUCUGGGAGAUCUGCUGAGAGGAAGUAUGGACGUGUCUUCCUGUCAGAUUGUUGUGCGUCCUGACGGGAAGGGUAGCAGGCCUCAUGUCUUCUCCCUGGUGCCCAACACCUCCAUGCGGACAGGCCCGUUGCUGGACGUUGCUGCCAACAGCCAAGAGGAACUCAAGGAAUGGGUGUUCAAGAUCCGUGAGGUCACAAUGACCUCAGAGGCCAAGCUGGAGGAGGGGAAGAUGAUGGAGAGGAGGAAGAAGAUUGCACUGGAAUUAUCCGACCUGGUCAUCUACUGUAGGCCUGUGCCGUUUGAUGAAGACAAGAUUGGCACAGAGCGGGCCUGUUUCAGGGACAUGUCAUCCUUCCCUGAAACCAAGGCAGAGAAGUACGUCAACAAGAUCAAGGGGAAGAAGUUCCUGCAGUACAAUCGACUGCAGCUGUCCAGGAUCUACCCCAGAGGCCAGAGACUAGACUCGUCGAACUACGACCCUCUGCCCAUGUGGCUCUGUGGGUCCCAGCUGGUGGCACUCAACUUCCAGACAGCAGACAAGCCCAUGCAGAUGAACCAGGCUCUGUUCAUGCUGAACGGAAGGAGUGGCUACGUCCUUCAGCCGCCCAUCAUGAGGGACGACACCUUUGAUCCCUUCGACAGACAUACGCUGCGAGGCCUCGAACAAGUCACUCUAGAGAUCGAGGUUUUGGGCGCCCGGCACCUGCCCAAGCACGGGCGUGGCAUAGUUUGUCCUUUGAUCGAGAUUGAGGUGUGCGGGGCAGAAUAUGACAGUGCCAAGCAAAAAACUGACUCAGAAGCUGACAACGGUCUGAACCCCACGUGGCCCCGAAAGCCAUUCCAGUUCACGGUCUGCAACUCUGCCUUCGCCUUCCUGCGCUUUGUGGUGUACGAGAUCGACAUGUUCAAUGACCAAAACUUCCUGGCUCAGGCCACAUUCCCCAUUCACAGCCUCAAGACAGGUUACCGGUCAGUACCUCUGAAGAACAGCUUCAAUGAGGAUCUGGAGUUGGCUUCUCUGUUAGUCCACAUGGACAUCAUCAGGGGCAGGGAUGAAAACGGAGAGGUCCUGAGCCCGUUCCUUCCAGUCGGGGCAACCUCAGUGUCAGCAUCUGCCCAAGCAGGGCGGGAACGUUUGGGGGAACUGGGCUCGGUGUCGUCGACAUCCUCCAACAUGUCUCCUGUGCCCCAGUCGCCAGCCCAGGCCAUGGCCUACAGGGGGAGGGAGGGCUCCUUCGAGUCCCGCUACCAGUCCCCUCUGGAGGAAUUCAGGGUGUCCCAGGAGGCACUGUUGGACCACAUGGACCCACAGAACAGACAGACAAGGAUGUUGCGGAGGACCAGAGUGGGCGGAGAGAACCGUGUCUAAGUCCAAGCCAAUCAGGACGCAUUUCUGUUGCACCCCCCCACCCCCACCCCUCCCGCCCCCCCCUCCUUCGUACCCAGUCGCCUCUCCCCGUACUGAUGAUGUCACUGACUGCUGUGAACACUGUUUCCAUGGAAACGCCCACCACCGCUUUGGCCUACAUUUCAGGCAGCUCUCCCUCCCUCCAUUCUCCAACGCCCCCCACCCCCCCAACCCUCCACUCUCUCUCUCUGCCUCUCUCCCUCUCUGUCCCCUCCCGCCCAGCCGCCCAGCCUCUUCACCACUCGCCUGACGAGAAGGAGGGACUCGGACACAAGAGGAGAGGGAGGGCCACUGAGAGGAAGCUGACCGCCGCGGACAGGAAGAAGAAACGGGACAUUCACAGGAGGACAAGGCUGAAAAAGUUCCAGCUCUGGACUGGCUGUUUUGCGGGGCGGGUUGUCCUCUCUUGUGUUUAAGGUGUGCACAACAGCUGCUUAAUGUGGAGGCUGAGAGGAGGGAAAGAGAGAGAGUUAUAAAAAGGUAUCAGUUUGAAACUGUUUCCCGGUUAAGUUUCUUCGCACUUCUCUAUUAGGCGUAUAUGAAUAUAUGUAUUUAUUCCUGCUGUGCUGUUGGCCGGAGAACAGCAGCUGACCUGCUCUCAAAGAGCUCCUGUCUCCAUGUUUUUAAUUAUUAUUAUUAUUUAAACCUUUAAACAUUCAUAAUGUGACUUUUCUUUUUUUUUUUGCUUCUUUUUUUUUUUUAAAUGUAUAUGUGUAAAACACGAGGGCUCUCUACGGCUAUUUUAAUGUCUCUCUCUUCUUCUGCUUUGUGGAGGAAAUUAAGCGCCUCCAGUCAAACGCCCCGAGUCUGGAGGAAUAUUUCAUUCUUUUUAUUCUGAUUAUUAUUAUUAUUUUUUUGAAGGCAUCAGGAAGAAGUCAUAGCCCGUUUGUGUCGGAAGCAGCGAGAGAGCUGCCAACAUCAUAUGUUACGUCUGCAGACACACACACACACACACACACACACACACACACACACACACACACA